GCCGCCCUUGUCCCUAUCCCACCUCCGACCAAGGCUCCGUGGCCACAGCAGCGGCCUGACGCGCUGCCAGCCUGCAGGCCCGGCCGCGGCCCCCGCCCCGGCCCCGGGCCUCCCGCACAGUCAGCAGCCCGGCGCUCGGCGCCGUGGGCAGGAGCCGGGGCACAGCCGGCCCGGAGGCCGCUGACGGGCUGCUGUUUACAGUGGGUGCCUCUGCCAGGAGAUUCCGAACAUACCGCGACAGCACCGCCCACCCAGCGCACGGCCCCCGCCCGACACCAUGCCCCGAGCCUGCCUGUGGGCGCCCUGCAGCCUCUGGCUGCUCUCCGCCUGCCUCAGCACACCCGAGGCUGGCGCUUGGCCGGCCGCCGCGGCCCCCUGCCUCAGCCCGGGGGAGCUGCGCAGGUUCUCCGAGGAUCACAGGAGGCUCCCUCCCACUAACGAGUGCAUGUUGAACUGCACCGUGCACACUUACAUGAAGAUCCUGCGGCAGCACAAGAGGAUGACCGUCCGAUUACACAACUCAGUGACAGCCAGUGAGAACGAGUACUGCUGGCCAUCCUACCUGCGCUGUUGGAACGGUGAGCAGCUGGAUCAAGCCUUUGUGUUCCUGGAUCCCGACAGGGGAAAGAUCAACUCGUCUGCGAGUUACGGACUGAGCUCCGCAACAGCGACGUCAGCCCACGGGGUUCAGGUGACACCCCAGACCACCACCUCGGUCAUGAGUGAACUUUGUGGCAUCAAGUUCGACACCACAAAUCUUUUCAAAACCACGUCCAAUGACUUUUGUGUGCAGGUCACCUGUCAAGACACUAUUUCCACCUCAUGUGACUCACUGAACACCACCCUGAAAUGCCCACCAUUCCUGGCAACCGUCUGGUCCAGGUUCUAGCAGCCUCUGGGAUGAAGUGUGGUGAAUGACCUGUCUGCAGUGAAUCUGACACAGUAACACUUUUUAUAAAACUAUCUUGAAGAUGAACAGAAGAAUUUAAUUAUUUAGAACUGUGAUGAAAUGGGGCCCCUGGAACUAUUGGGUGCCCCUUGUUUUACAGAGAGAGGAGAAAUUAUUUUUUAUAUAUCCUUGUUUUGUGUUUGUGAAUUCGACGCAAGGUUCUCACACGGUUCUUGAUGCUGCUGAAUGUAGGUCAAGCAGUCAGUGCAAGACGACAUCGAAGCAGGACUGUCAACCAAGCUCUGACAACACAAGUCCCCUGGACAAUCCCGUAAGCUGAUGCAGAGUGAAAAUCCAUCUGGGGGAGGUUGUGUUUGGUCAAUCACCUGAUUCUGAUCACUUUCUAGUUGGUGGGAAGUGGGGGACAUGUGGGUGGGAGCACAUUCAGGUGAUCAGUGAUGGGAAACAGAAGUGUUUGUUUUGUUUUAGAAUCUCCAGUGUUGGUAAUCCUACAUUAAAGGCCACACCGGAUCCAGUGAAACAUUCACUGCACUGGAUCCAGUGAAACACCCCACUGCACCGCAUCCAGUGAAACACACACACUGCAAUGCAUUGGAUCCAGUGUAGUGCAUGAAAUUUCUCAAAAUCCAGUGUGGCAUAGCCAAAUCCAGUGUGGUGCACUGCAUUUCCCAGUGAUUCCAGUGUGGUGUAUUACUUCAUAAAACUAUCAGCCCUUGCCUUGCUCACCGAGCUGGAGGAGUUCUUGUUACAAUUCUGCACCUCAGCAA